AUGAGACUACAGCGAAUGCUAUUGGAGUUGCAGAGGUAUAAACUGAAAUUACAGUUCAGACCCGGAAACGAGGUAAUAAUAGCUGAUAUGCUGUCACGUGCUGCUAUCGCUGAAGGUGAUCCUACCAUGAGAGAAAUUUAUGAUAUCUACACCAUGGACAUGGACUUCACCUUUAAGGAGUUGGAGGAAAUCAACGUUAUGGAGUACAUCCCAAUCUCGGAUUUUCGUCUAAAUCCAAUUCGUAGAGCAUCAACUGAUGACGUCGCUGUCCAAACGAUCAUCAAUUUCAUUAUCGAAGGAUGGUCAUCAUCAAUUAAUGGCCUUCCGGAACGAUUAAAGGUGUUUUGGAAAUACAAGGAUGACCUCUACACUCAGAACGGGCUUGUCUACAUGAACAACCGUAUUUUGAUACCAGUUGGUAUUCGAUCAGAAAUCUUGGAAAGGCUGCACGUUUCUCACGGUGGAAUAGAAAAUACUAUGAAGCUAGCUCGUGACACAGUUUUCUGGCCUGGUAUAAACGAUCAGAUAAGACAGCGGAUUCAGAAUUGCUCCGCAUGUAUCAAAAAUUCGGCUAAUCAACAACACCAGCCUAUGCAGACACAUCAAAUACCAAGCUAUCCGUAUCAAAAAGUGAGUCUUGAUCUUUGUGAACAGCAGAUCAAGGGAAAGAAGCAUAUCUUUUUGGUGACCGUGGAUCAUUUUUCAGACUUCAUCGAAGUCGAAGAAAUUGCCGGUGAAGCUUCAUCGCGAGUUAUAGUGCAAAAAUGUCGGAGAAAUUUCGCUCGUUAUGGGACUCCCAUGUUCGUUACUACUGAUGGGGGACCUCAAUUCGACAGUGCAGAAUUUAGUAAAUUUUCUAAUGACUGGGAAAUCAAACACAGCAUGUCAGCUCCUCAUCAUCAGCAAGGAAAUGGAAAAGCAGAGGCAGCUGUAAAAAUUGUGAAGCAAUUGCUGAAGAAGACUUCGGAAUUCAACAGCGAUUUCUGGAUGGCAUUACAACAAUGGCGAAAUGUUCCCAACAACUGUGGUAGCUCACCUGCGCAGAAGAUGUUUAGUCGCCGAAUACGCUUUAAUAUUCCAAUGGCCGAACAAAAUUACGCAUUUCAAAGACAGGAAGGAGUUGAAGAAGCAAUCAAACGUAAUUGA